AGGCGUAUUCUUGAAAUCGUUUUCGCGCGACGCGCGUACGCAGAGUUCGUACUGAAAUGGCUUCUCCAAGUAGCCAGGAAAAUGUUGGUUCAAGACGGGGAAAAGUCACAACAAUUAUCCCUGAGAGAUCACGAGUUCCUCCUAGAAGACGAUUAGGAGCGAAGAGGCAAACCACUUUGCGAGCGUUCACAUUCGUCCGAGACUGGGACGUGAGGCAGUCACCAUUAGCCUUGGUUCAUGGUCAGUCAGCGGACAAGCCUGAUGAUGCCGCUAGUUCUUCUCGUAGUUCUGUAACCAUCUCUCCGUCUCCCCGAGUCAUAAGUCAGACUUCGUCUGGUAGGCCAAGAGUUAGUCCCAGUCCAAUCAUUAUAGCAAGUCCAUCUUCCAGGACUCGCUCCGGCACUGCCCAGAAAAGACCACCGUCCUCACAUCACUCAGUUCGUCAUGGUUCUGCCUCCGUCUCUGCAGGGGGUCCUAGAAUGGUCCAAUCAGGAGACAGCAUACAAAAUUCAUCCACAGUUGGAGCAUCAACCGUCCCAACACCCACUGGGCCAUCAGCGACCUCCACUCCAGCUGAUCUAUCAAUUGAGGGCACUGUAUCACAGACUCAGCUGACCGGCGACAACUCCCUGACUCCGAUGACCAGUCAGUCCAGCUCUGUAGCCGAUGACCGCUCAGUCGGUGACCACUCCGGACCCACGGUCACUCCAAGUCCGGCUCCUCGUGAGAGUCCAGGACCGGUGGCCGGAUCGAUCCUUGCAGCCGACCCGGCCGCAGUGGACAGUCCGUCAGCCAGUUCCAGCCAGUCACAGCCGGUCAGUUCCAGCCCAGCCGUGUCCAUACAGAGUUCUGGUCAGCGGCCAUUGGAGACGCCCAACGUCAGAUGGAGAGUUGACGAAGGUAGAUUCACCACACCGGCAGAAAAAUCAAUGAGCAUCAUUGCUAAGACACCAAAGAGUGGCCCAGUGGCCAGACCUGUCGCGUCAAGAAGACGAAAGCUAUCCCCACCACCAGAGGGCGACAGACAACAAUCGAUUAUCGCACCAGGAGCCAAAAAAGCUAAAGUCCGUCUGUGGGCUGGUAACGGCCGCCGUCGCCUAGCAACUGAUGUGACUGAUUUAGAUUUGGCGCUGAGUACAUUAGAAGAAGUAACGAUGGAUUACAAACAAAAGUUGGAGUCUGCAUCCCAGAGACGGGCCUUGACUAAGUUCUUCUAUCUCAUGAAGAAGGAAUUAACUGACAAGAUUGAUCUUAGCCAGGAGUACAAAGUCUUGAAGAGUGCCUUGACUCGGAUGACCGCCACCACAAGAAAACAGCGGAAGAAACUGCUCGUACUGCAACAGGAGAAUGCAAGAUUGAACAGUCGUAUCAGAGAGCUCAAGAACAACGCCAUGAAUAAGAAAGACAAGAGCCAGGAGAUGGUGGAGAUUAGCACAUUCCUGAGCGACUUACAGCAGUUUCAUCGGGACAGUGCAGAGUCAAUGGCUGGAGAGAAGGACGGGAACCAGACUGAGUUUAGUAGCCAGAAUAUUGGUCCAUUACUUGCCGACGCCCAAGCAUCUUCAAGAUCAGCGUAUAACCUGAGGUCAAUGAACAACAAGCUACAAGAAUGGCUGGACACCCACUGACUGGAUUCAGUGGCCAGAAUGUUGACCGUCUACUGACCGAUACAGUGAUAUUGCCAACAAGGGUGUGUGACCUGGAAAUGACCAGAUACUGAUUUGGAAGGUCCUGCGCAGGUGGAGUUAAGUAGUCAGGAAAUUAAGGUCACAUUGACCUAUCACGGUAGAAUCGUGUUGACGCAACUUGUGACAUAUUGUCCAAUGACAUGAUAGACAAAUGGACGCGGAACACGCAAAAUCUGAUACAAACAAAACUUAACGUACAAAAUUCCAUAGGGUUGUCUAAGGGGCGUGGCUAACUCGCAAACGGCGAUAGGUCAAUUGUCUUCAAUACCUUUGUUGAAAUCAACAUGGGUUCACCGUAAGCAGAACCAGAUCAAUAGAGCACGGGUAUGCAAGGCGUACCAUUCACAGUACACCAACUUGUACAUUGGUUGGCUGUAUAUUUUGGAUUUCUCUACCCAUGUAGAACCUCUCAACCAUUGUCCUUACUAGGGUUGGAUUGUACCCCUGUAGAAGGCUGGACCCUUGUAGAAGCCGUGUUGGAUUCUUUCUAGUGUGAAAGGGAUUCCUGAAAUCUCCGCGUUGGACCCGGGGCCCAACACAGAAAUUUUUUGGAUUGUGAGAAAGGCCCUUAUGAUUUCUCCUGGCUUACGCCAAGUUUAUCGUCAAGAAAAAGGAUGAGACCACAGGCUUGAGGUUUACCAUCCCAAAUUCCACCAAAACCCUUGAGGAGGUUUUGGAUGGUUUUGCAGGAUUGAGGAAGGAAGAGCCACUGUUACUUCACAUUGGGCUUGAUGUAACUUUGAACAGCUUGUGACUUGACUUGAGAAUGGAUGGCUUGUUAAUGAAUUACGACAGACUUGUGAUGAUGAGUCCACUCGUCUCUCCAUACAGCCAAUUCUAAUAUAUGUACAAUAACGUUUGGAUUUAAAAUACAUGUAAUUUGUUAUUUUGUUGAUUUUUUUCUAGUUAUUAUAUUGUGUCUUUUUGUACAGACUAAGAACAGAGGCCAUAAUUUAUACGAAUUAAGUGUAAUUUUCAGCUCAUGGGAAUUUAAACCGAAGUUGUCUGUCGGUUUGACCGUUGUGAUUAAAACUUGACUUUGUUAUUUCAUA